UCGAAGGUCAACCGAUCUCUCCUGUGUCGGUGCAACAUAAUUUACAAACAUCACUUUCUGCCUUCACCAUCUACCUGCACAUGACGACCUAUCCGAGGCGCCACGCAUCCCCAAGGCUCUAGCUUCGCUGCCAAUGUCAUGACUCGAGAUACGUAUAGAGUCCACGAUGACCGCGAUCCUGUCAGUGAUGCCGAGAUGUAUGCAAGCCUCUGGGCUGCAGCCUCCUUUCCACGACUUCCGGACGAUGCCCCGCCUGAGUUGAAGAAGUUUGCGAUUGAUAUUGAUGACCCAAAACGAGUUUAUGCCAUACAUAGAGCCAGUCGGCGACACCACUUCCAGAUAUUAGUUGAGAGAUACAUCCUCCAGAUCAGAUACGGUUGCCAAUCGAAGACCUGUAAUACAGCAACAUGCUUCUCCUGUCGAAAGCGGCUUGCUGGCGCAGCCCCAGUCCGAAGAUAUAACGCCACGAGUGCCCGUACGUUGGCCAUAUACAUGGCAAGCCAGGACAAUCCCGAGCAAGGCCUCUGCCACAAUUCUAGCGCUCCACGACCGGUCCCCGAGGGCAAAAGACCUUUAAAAUCGAAGGACGUCCCGGGUGAUUUGAGAACUACACCUGUUCGGCCGCAGGACUCGAGAAGCCGGAGGCGGAGUAUUGAAACUGGCCAGAAAAUAGAGGAAGACGAUAAUGAUGCGAAGGAAUCUGACAGGAAAGAUAAGCCGUCCAGCCGAAAAUCGUCGAUGGGAGACGCGAUCAGCAGGAGAGCUUGGCCCGACUUGACUUCGCUAGAGGAGCCUACUCCAACAGAUCAUAGAUCCUUUGUCCAGAACGUGUUUGGAACGGUGGCAUUCAAAAUGCUUGAAUGGCUCACUCCGAGGAAUCUUGACCUACUGGCCAGAUCCGAGGACAAAAACGCAAUGUUGGAGGAAGAGUCACCAGCUGAUGUUGUCCUGAUGGAUGGUUCAAAGGAAACAAAAACAUGUGUGGAGAAGGGCAAAAAUUCGACUGUAAAAGAGUCCGCGCCGGCUCAGGAUGUCCCAAUGGAUGAUUCAAGGAGAACGAAAAUAUCUGUGGAGUCUGGGAAUCAUUCUCUCCAUGCACCGGAGACAACCAUCGAACAUUCACAAGAGGAAAUUGCCCAGCAUUCUUCUUCCUCUCCUGAAAUCUCAUAUACAUCCCCGUCAGAACUGCCAACCUCGACUAACACUAGACCGGAUUCUCGAGCAGAGGAAAAACGGACCCCAAGAGGGUCGAAUCAAGGUUCUCACUCGAAGCGUCCCUCAAGUCUUCGGACAAAAAGCGAUCCUCUGGAGCCAGUUCCAAAAAGUCUUGUUAAUAAAAUGACAUCUGAACCUAUGGCUGAUGUCAACCCAACGCUGUCUUCUCAUGGUAACUCGAUGCCCAGAUGCAAGAUGUCAAAAACUCUGAUCACGAGCCCAAAAAUGCAAAUGGUGGACACAGGUCCUGCACUGCACGAGCUUAAAUUUCUACCACCAGCCAGGAUUUUGGAAUCGGAAUCACCUUCGUUGAAGGACGAUGAAUCCGAAGCCUCUCAUGAUGUCCAAGCAAUACGUAAUAAACCCCAGAGCGUUCCAAAGGAAACUCGAUUUUCCCAACUUGCACCCGAAAGACAGGUCUCGCUACCUCAGUCUCUAUCCUACUUGUCGAUAGAGAACAUUGAACUACUGUGCGACAUACUGCAAUCUGACGGUACCUUUGAGAAACACUUUCUACACCCCGAAGGACUUGACGAAACCCUCAAGAGACAGCGAAACGAAUCAGUUCCUCUAUCCCGAACUAUAUCAAUACAAAACUCUUUUCCAUACCUAUCGUCAGUCAAGCAGCAGUGGCGAUCUUUCAUCGAACAGAGCUUCUUUGAUGUACUCAGCAGACCUGAGUCCCUCCUGAGGUCUUUCAGCGAUGAUAAAGGAAGAUUAUUCGACACUCAGACGAUAUGGUAUCUCAUGCUCAGAAUGACCAGAGUCGCUCCAUCGCUAGUCUUCGACUCUCUAUGGAAUUUAGCUGGAACACUUUUCAAGCCACCUCAUAAACUGGAGGCAACAUAUGAGUGGGCCAAAGAGUUCCAGUCCCAGGAAGUCUCGUCCCAAAAGGCGCUAUCGAAUCAUGAGGCAGCUCAAGCAAUAAAUAUCUGUCUUCACGCCUUGGUUGCGGCUGCACCACUCGUCUCUGAUGCCCGGCAGUUGGCAAAUAUGUCUCGCAUUCGAUCCUACGGGUUAGCUAUGCGUGGCAGAGAAGCGUCUUCCCUCGAGCCGGCAACAUUGUGCCUCCAGUAUGAAGAUGCGUUCACGAAUGACCUUACGGUUAGACUUGCACGUCGACUCUUUGCAGCAAUAUCAACGAGACGACGAUUCACGGAACUACUUAACCUCCAAACUGAUAUUCGAAAGGAUGAGAAACCACAGCCGGAUGUUUUGGAGACUGUCCUAGGGACUUUGAAGUUUCUCGACUUAGGCACUCCCCCAAUCAUCAAUUUUCCAGAUGAUGAAAGGGACCUUCACGAGAAGAGAGUGCCGACUUUAAUUCUUGAUUGGACGAGGACAGUUAUGCUCCAGGAAUGGGAAGGCGCCGCAGAAGUGCCUAGUGAUGGGCCAUUCGGCGGCGCCUUAGCCACUAUGGCUGCCAUAUACAAAAAUCGAAAAUCACUUCUUCUUGGUGACAUACAUUUCCGUACAGAGUACUUUGCUGAGCGCUUGGAUCCCGUCGAGAUGCCCGUAGAAUGGCUCUCCUUCAACCAAAACAAACGCAACGUUCACCUGCUCGACUAUCCGUACUUGUUCAACCCCUCGACGUUGGUCACUUAUUUCCGGGCAAUCAACUACUCACGUAUGAACCAAUCCUUCGAAGCAGCACAAGCUACAAGUCGUUUGAUCUAUCACACAAUAGCAGAGGGGUCUGGCAGCUUAAUGCCUGAUAAACAUCGGCGAGAUAGACUCUACGAGCGCCUUCGAACCGCCGCUUCGAGGUUCACAGUCCUUGAGAUUCGCCGAGAUCAUGUUCUCGUAGAUACCUUCAAUUCAAUUUGGAGGCGUGAAGAACGCGAGUUGAUGCGGCCUCUGAAGAUUCGUCUUGGGGAGGAUGGCGGAGAAGAGGGCUUGGAUUCUGGUGGUGUGCAGCAAGAGUUCUUCCGACUUGCCAUUGCGGAGGCCCUUGAUCCUGACUAUGGUUCAUUUACGAUCGACAGCAGAACUAAGAUGGCUUGGUUCCAGCCAGGAUCUCCAGAACCCUUAUGGAAGUUCGAGCUCAUCGGAAUGAUCGUUUCAUUGGCUGUGUACAAUGGCCUCAACUUGCCCGUCACUUUCCCCAAGGCACUAUACCGAAAACUACUUGACGAAGAGGUUACAGAGUUGCAUCAUAUCUCCGAUGGGUGGCCGGAUCUUGCGAACGGCUUGACCUCGCUAUUCGAAUGGGACGAGAAAGAUGGCCUGGUAGAAGACGUCUUCGCCCGAACGUACGAAUUUAGCGUUGAGCAAUUCGGUACGCUCGUAAGUCGUGAAAUGGGCAAAGUAUCACAGUGGCCCCAGUUCGCCGAUAUACACAGCUCGACAAACCCUGAAGACGCACCACUUGUCACGAACGAGAACAGGAACGGUUAUGUGAGCGACUAUAUCCGCUGGUUAACUGACAUCUCUAUCCGCCCACAAUUUGAGGCCUUCAAGAAAGGUUUCUUCGCUUGCAUUGAUCGCCGCUCCAUCUCUCUCUUCGACCCCGAAACCCUCCAGUCGGUCGUUGAGGGCAUUCAAGAAAUCGACGUCUCCGAAUUGCGGCGUGUGACACGGUAUGUCGGGUGGGGCGGGGAAGCUACCCACAAGACAAUCCGCGAUUUUUGGAGCAUAGUGAAGAGAUACGAUAUCGAGCAGAAGAGGAAGUUACUCGAGUUCGUGACGGCAAGUGACAGGAUACCAGUUGGCGGGAUGCGGAAUCUAUCGUUCACGAUACAGAGGAAUGGGGUCGAUGAUGGGCAUUUGCCGACUAGUUAUACUUGCUAUGGGAUCCUUUUGCUGCCGGAGUACUCGGGCAAGGAGGUGUUACGGGAGAAGCUGGCGAUGGCGUUGGAGAAUUCCAAGGGGUUUGGAUUUGCUUAGGGUGGUGCAUCUACUCGCUUGGAGCCAGUUAGAAAAGUAUAUGGGCUGAAAAGGCGUUCGCGUGGGUGCACAUCAUAGAUUCCCAGCCAAUUCAUCUUUCGUUUCCUCGUCUUGCU